AUGUCUGCUUCAACCUCAUCGUCAAUCAAAACAUUCUCAGACCUCUCUGCCCAUUAUGGGAAUUAUAUAGCAACUAUCAAUUCACUGCCAUCUACCAAGCUUGAUCCAUAUCUUGCCAAUUCCGUAAAUCACAACGACCGAACCUUAUCAAGAGAGGAGUAUACCAAAUUGAUUAUUCCCGGCUCAACAUUCACCAUAAUUGACACAGUUGUGGACGUCAAUAAGAAACAGAUUGCUGCAAAAUUAGAUAUAACUCUUGAAGAUAAGAAAAAGGUUAAAGAGAUUGUUGUUUAUGCGUUAGAUGAUGAGUGGAGGAUCGAAAGAGUUUGGAGUGUAGUAGAGUUUUCAUGA